AAUGAAUGUUUAAACUCAUAUAAACGUUCAAUUUAUUUUGUAAAAGAUAAUUCUUACACCACGCACCACUCAGAAACAUUCACCAACAACAUUACUACUUUCUGUUUGCUUUCUCAUUCUGCUGCAGCUGACCAGAAUAAGCCUGUGGAUUCUUCUCUAAAUCCUCCAUGGCAAUUUGCACUUCACUACAGCACCCGGAGCGAACAUCACCGCAGGCCAGCCACCAGUUCCAACAUUUGCCUUGUUGGCAACGUCACCGCCCUUUUUGCCUCCUCCUCCUCCUCCAUUGCGGUCCAUCUUCUAGAACUAGAAGGGAAGGCCACGUGAGGAGAGAAGCAAGCGGAAGAGACGAGCGGCAUGAUUGGUCCAGUGUGCUUGAAUACAUGGAAAAAUCAGCAGAGGGGCCAAGGAGUGGCAGGUGGCGGUAUCCAGGUUCCUAAAUGAUUGGGAGAUUGGGGAAUAUGAGGAGUUACUUCGGAUUCUAUCUGGGGUCUCCGUUAAUGGCAGUAAAGAUAUACCCUGCUGGAGCCUCACUCCAAAUGGGUCAUUUUCAGUAAGUCCUUUUAUAAAAAACUGUUUAAGUUCAGAGAUGAUGGCAUCCGUAUCCCAGUUAAGCAGAUUUGGAGGAUCGAGAUUCCAUCCCGAAUUUCUUUCUUGGGAGGCCUGUAGGGAGUGCUUCUUGACCAUUGACAACUUAAGAAGGAGGGGAAAAUUUCUGGUCAACGACUGUUUCCUGUGCAAGAAUGAUGAUUCGACCUGCA